AUGAUUACAAAAAACUUUAAGAAACUUCCUCUACUAGCUGGCGCUGAUGUGAAUGUGAUAGCCGUUGAUUGGUACGCAGGAGCUGGCUCCAUCAACUAUUUUGCUGCUGUCCGUAAUACGGAACCAUCGGGUGUAUCAGUGGCAAAGUUCAUAACCUGGUUGAACUUGGAGACGGGGGCAUCCCUCAGUAACUACUUCCUGAUCGGACACAGUCUAGGAGGGCAUCAGGUUGGAAUUGUUGGUAGAAACUUGGGAGGACAAGUCCCAUAUAUACUAUCCAUAGACCCAGCUUCCCCUGGCUGGAAUUUCAAGCCAGAACGGUUUCAGAAGACUGAUGGCAUCUACACCGAAGUGAUACACAGUAACGCUGGGCUCAUGGGGUAUCUCGUACCGUUAGGAGAUGUGGAUAUAUACCCGAAUGGGGGAAUUGACAUGCCGGGAUGCAUAACGCCAAUGUGCAGCCAUGACAAAGCUGUAUACUACAUAGCUGAGUCGAUGGCCUCAGGUGGUUUCACAGCCCAGGAGUGCAGCUCAUUCUUCGCAGCCAUAAGGAACAAAUGCAAUCUCCCUGGUUCUCUGAAAAUGGGAGGACUUGAGCCAAAGACUGGAAUAUCUGGCGUCUACCGAGUGGAUACGAACGCAUUCUCACCUUACUCUAUGGGCUGAACAAGAACCGAAGAUCUUGAUUAAUUCUAAUAAAAAUAGGCUAUUUUUU